UCUUGUGCUAGAAGAAAAGAUUUGUAAUAGAUAUAAUCACUUGCAAAAGUAACAUUUCAAUAUUUAUGUUAUUAUAGUUUCACUUCCAACUACAUAUUUGCUACCUUCUAUUGUUAUAUAAUAUCCUUCAAACGUUCGUAAAUCUUCGUUAUAUAAAAUAAUAACAAUAUAAACAAACGAAUCUUUCGCUCGUUUACGUUCCUCUUCUUACCAGCGACGAGUCGUUCGUUGGCACUCGGCCGGUUCAGACGCAUUCGUUUCCUCGAUCGUCUCCCGAAUAAGGAUCAAGAAAAGGAUCGUGUGCGAAGUCGUGUGCGAAAUUGUGUUUGUUUUAAUAUUAUUAAUAUUUAUAUCGACGUAUGUACGUAUGCCAGUGUAGAUAUAUAUGUAUAUAUAUAUCGUAUAUAAGAUAUCGAAAUUAUUAUCCUUCAAAGAAGAAUGUUUCACGUUGGAUCGAAGAGUCGAUAAAGAUCGGCGUUUCAACGAGUGCAAAAGGAAAGCUAAAUUCGUGAUCUUUACUUAUGUCACCGGGAAGAAAUCGCGUGUUAAGUCGAUUAGGGGUGCGUUUGAGAAUGACUCUUAUAUCGAGGAGAGAUUCACGGAAAUCGACUGGCCGUUGAUCCUGCAUUUUUGAAAAGUAGACCUGGAAAAAUACAGACGUGAGAAAGUGGCUCGUGAGGGAGAAGUACCGAGAAGAAGAUGUCUACAUAUCGAUUCAGCGCCUUUGUGGCUUUCGUGCUCGUCGUAACGUGUUUCUUAAUACAAUUCGGAAAUACUCAGUACUCGUUCCAAGAUAAGCGACAGUCGCAGACGCUGCAUAAAUAUUGCGGGAAAAAUCUAUCGAAUGCACUUGGAUUGCUUUGCGACGGCGUCUACAAUUCUAUGUUCAAAAAGAACGGGCAGGAAAUGGAAAUGGACGAUUAUCCGUUUGCUUACGACGAAUCAUAUCCGUUUAGAUCGGCAGUUACAGCUAACGCAAUGAUGGGUCGUUUCGCCGGUACACGUUUCCGAAGAGAAUCUAGGGGCGUUUACGAUGAGUGCUGCGUGAAACCAUGCUCGAUUCAGGAAUUAACUAGUUAUUGCGGUCGUGUUGCGCAAUAAUCAUCGACGGUCAGUAACAUCGGUCUCUGUUUUACCAUUCUUCUCUUCGUCUACUACCAUAAAUGUGAUAAUACCGAUGAUAAUACCGUAUCAGAUCUCUGCUUUACCAUUAUUCUCUUCUGUAAUACUAUAAUGUGAUAAAUGACAAUUAAUAUACAUGUCUUUGCGCGACACCUAUUGAAAGCUUUAUACACGUUUAAAUGCAUAUAAAAAACAAGGACACUGGAUGAUCCGCAAAUAACUUCACGUAAAUAAACAACAUGCAUUUUGCGAGGAUCAGAAACAUUCGCCUACUGCUUGCUUACGAACGUUCGGCCUGAGAAAAAAAACAUUAAAGACAUAUAUGUUAGGUUAAAUCAAUGACUAACCACGUGCCUAGAUAUCUUGUGAAUUAUCGAUGAAUUACUUCGUAGAUUUCCAUAAUACAAAAACAAACAUUGAGUUUGCGUCAAUGAAAACUGCGAUUGUUAAUCGUUUCUUGAAUGAAAUAAUAUUGUUCAAAGUUAGUAUACAUACAUACAUAUAUACAUACAUACAUACAUACAUCAUACAUAUAUAUAUAUAUAUAUAUAUAUAUAUAUAUAUAAUCGAAGUAAUUUCAGAACGUUCGAAGUAUGCUUUUUAGCGAAUGGUUUCUUAAAUUUUUAUGGUAAUAUUAACUUUACAGCCGCGAAUAUUUAACGAUACAAUUAUCCACUAAGAUUGUGUAAUUGAGAUUGAAAGUUCGAGUAAUUGGAUUUCGAUCGGAGUUGACGAGAUGUAUCGAUGAAAUAUAUUUUCAUUCUAGUUGAAGAAUCUAGGAACACGAGGAUCAUUAGGGCGCGUUCGAUCUUGCGAAUAUUGAUCGAUUACAAAUUUCGAUUCUUAAGUUUUUAUUCUUAAGAUGUGGAAUACGAAUUUGUAAAUUCGUGUAGCCGAAUACUCGGCAUUUCUUAGAUAGAAAUCUAUUGGAAAAUAAGAAACGUCCAUUGGAUUCGAGCGAGGAUAGCAAAAAAAAAAUUUCAAGAGAUAUAUUAUAUAUAUAUAAAAAUAUAUAUAUAUAUAUAGUGAGUGUGCGUGUGCGCGUGAAUUGUGCUAUGUUUUGCAAGGAUAGUUUGCAGCAAAAAUUUGACAAGGUCAUAGCUUAUUAAAGAUCGUUUUACAUUCGUAAGAGCGAUUAUAGAUUUCUAAUAAUCUAAUUUGAAAAUUUUCAAUCAUUCUACGAUCUGAAAAAGAUCUUCGCUCAUAAUGUCGCAACGCUAUGUACUUUGAGGUUAUAUUUGGAAGCACACCUUGUUGAUACAUUUUAAUAAUGCGUAGUGUAAAAAUUCGCCGAGAUUAAAUCGUUGCAUUGUAAACAGUACCAUUGUAAUCGUCCAUGCUUGCUAUCGCAAUUGAUUUCAAUUUAUUUAUAUUUAAUCAUCAUACAAAGAUGAUAAAGAAGCAACAUUACUAUACCGUCAUUAACAACUUUCGCUGAUUCAUGAAUCCUUUAUAUCUCUUAUACUGCAAACUAUCGCUUUUUCUUAGCUGAUCGAUCGAAUAUAUAUUGAAAAAAAAGAAAAAUAAAAAAUAAAAUGACAUGUAUUAUUUAUUAGACAUUUCCUAUUCUCCUAUUUUAUUAUAUGUUCAAAAUGUGACAAAAUUUCUAAAUGUAUUGUAAUAAAGAUAAUUUUGUAAACAUUCUGUUCCCGCGAUUUGAAGCUUUAGUAAAUAUAGUCAAUGUUGUUUUUAAUCGAUAAAUGAAUAAAAGAUAUUAACGACCAAUGGUCAUUCGACAAUUGAA